AUGCCUUCCUCUACCCCAAGCAGCUCCGUGAAAUCGUUCCCUACGAUCAAGCAUGUGCGCACCUUCCUCACUCAGGGUCCCGGAUCUGGUGGCGACUACCACAAUGUGCACGGCGGCCAUUGGUUGAUCGACAGCAAGAUCUCGACUCCCAUGUCACAGUACGAGAAGUACAGGAAGUCCAGGACAAGCUGGGGUAUCAAUGUCCUCGGUUCUUUCUGCGUUGAGCUCGAGGCCACAGAUGGCACCAAGGGUUUCGCAACUGGCUUCGGUGGCCCCCCAGCUUGCUGGCUGGUCGCAGAGCAUUUCGAGCGUUUCCUGGUGGGCGCCGACCCCAGAGAUACCAACUACUUGUUCGAGCAGAUGUACCGCGGAAGCAUGUUCUACGGUCGCAAGGGUCUCCCCAUCGCCGUCAUCUCCGUCAUCGAUCUUGCUGUCUGGGAUCUUCUGGGCAAAAUCCGCGGCGAGCCGGUCUACAAGAUGAUUGGUGGAUCUACACAGGAGAAUGGCAGGCUCAACUUCUACUGCACUGGUCCUGAGCCACUGGCAGCGAAGGAGAUGGGUUUCUUUGGUGCCAAGGUCCCCCUCCCUUAUGGACCUGGUGAAGGCGUUGAAGGCAUGAAGAAGAACGUCGAGUUCCUCACUAAGCACCGUGAGGCCGUCGGACCAGACUUCCCUCUCAUGGUCGACUGCUACAUGUCCUUGACUGUUGCUUACACAAUUGAGGUUGUCAAGGCCACCGCACACCUGAACCUGAACUGGUGGGAGGAGUGCCUCAGCCCCGAUGACACUGAGGGUUUCGAGCAGAUCAAGCGUGCGCAUCCCGGCCAGAAGUUCACUACUGGAGAGCACGAGUACUCGCGAUAUGGCUUCCGCAAGCUGAUCGAGGGUCGCAACCUCGACAUCCUUCAGCCUGACGUUAUGUGGGUGGGCGGUAUGACCGAGCUCCUCAAGAUCGCCGCCAUGGCAUCUGCCUACGACAUUCCCGUCGUUCCUCACGCUUCGGGGCCAUACUCAUACCACUUUGUCGUCUCGCAAGCCAACUCUCCCUUCCAGGAGUACCUGGCCAACAGCCCCGAUGGCAAGUCUGUCCUGCCCGUCUUUGGCAACUUGUUCACCAACGAGCCCAUCCCCAACAAGGGAUAUCUCGAUGUCAAGGACCUCGACCUCCCCGGUUUCGGUCUGGAGCUGAACCCCAAUGCCGGCCUUAUUGAUGCGGCGCGCAUUCUCAACCCCGCACCUGUCAAGGCUUUGAAGUCUGCUGAGGAGCAGGACGCUCAGGCCAACGGCACCUAUGAGUUCCUGUCGAAAGACUAUUAUGCAGAUCAUGUUCAAUCAAAAACAUUCAUAAAGAGUCGCCUCGGAUUGUUAUUUUUAGUUGCUGUAACUGCCAUUCCAUCCCUUGAUACCCCGCUACACAAGUACCCCGCCUUUAUUAUGGAAGCCAUCAAGAACACCGUCAACGAGGCUCUUGAGAAGCUCAACCUCACCGGUGGCGCGCAGGGUGCCCCGGCGAAGGAGCCUUCUGAGGAACAGCUGAACGAGCUCAAGUCCAAGUACGAGAAGGCUGGACAAGAGCAGGUGUUCGCUUUCUACGACAAGCUCAACACCGCAGACAAGGCCGCCCUUUUCGAGCAGCUCUCCAACUUCAAACCCGACUACAUCAACGAGAUCACAGAGAGAGCCCUGAAGCCUGUACAAAGCGAGUCUACCGAGACAAAACUCGAACCUCUCCCCGAGAGCGCCACAUCCUCGACCCUCGACACACAACAAGAUGACUUGGACAAGUGGUACAACAGCGGUCUGGAGCUGAUUGCUGAGAACACAGUCGCCGUUGUCCUGAUGGCUGGUGGCCAAGGCACACGAUUGGGCUCCUCAGACCCCAAGGGCUGCUUCGACAUUGGUCUUCCUAGCAAGAAGUCGCUGUUCCAGCUCCAGGGUGAGAGGAUCGCGAAGGCUGAGCUGUUGGCCAAGAAGAAGCACGGCAAGGACAGCGUCACCAUUCCGUGGUAUGUUAUGACCUCUGGUCCCACAAGGAAGCCCACAGAAGCCUUCUUCGAGAAAAACAACUACUUCGGCCUCAAGAAGGAGAAUGUUGUCGUUUUCGAGCAGGGUGUUUUGCCCUGCAUCUCAAACGAGGGCAAGAUCCUGCUCGAGAGCAAGUCCAAGGUCGCUGUGGCCCCUGACGGCAACGGUGGUCUUUACCAAGCUCUUAUUCAGUCCGGCGUUGUUCAGGAUAUGGGCAAGCGCGGCAUUAAGCACAUCCACGCUUACUGCGUCGACAACUGCCUCGUCAAGGUUGCCGACCCCAUCUUCAUUGGCUUCUCUGCCUCCAAGAACGUCGACAUCGCUACCAAGGUUGUUCGUAAGCGCGACGCGAAGGAGUCUGUAGGUCUUAUUCUUCAGAAGAACGGCAAGCCAGAUGUUGUCGAGUACUCGGAGAUCGAUAACGAGACAGCAGAGGCGAAAGACUCGAAGAACGCCGAGCUUCUUAAGUUCCGUGCUGCUAACAUCGUCAACCACUACUACUCAUACAAGUUCCUUGAGAGCAUCCCUGAGUGGGCGAAGAAGCUGCCCCACCACGUUGCCCGCAAGAAGAUUCCGUACGUCAACACCGAGACAGGCGAGACAGUCAAGCCUGAGAAGCCCAACGGCAUCAAGCUCGAGCAGUUUGUGUUCGACUGCUUCCCCUUCCUCAGUCUCGACCAGUUUGCCUGCAUGGAGGUCAAGCGUGAGGAUGAGUUCUCGCCUCUCAAGAAUGCACGUGGCACUGGUGAAGAUGACCCGGAUACAUCCAGGCUUGAUAUCAUGACUCAGGGUAAGAAGUGGGUACAGGCUGCAGGCGCGACCGUCGUCAGCGAGGACCCCAAGGCAGGAAUCGAAGUUUCACCGUUGAUCUCAUACGGUGGCGAGGGCCUCGAUUUCCUCAAGGAGCGCACCAUCAAGGCACCAGCCGUCAUUGAGUCCGAGGAUUAG